AAAUUAUUUUUCUUUGUUAUUUCAAAUUGGCCCCACUUUAUCUUAAGAAUCCACCCAGGACUUGCAAUUUAUAACCCCAAGCCCUUGGAAACUUUUGAGAUGAUACAAAUGCCCCUUCUAGUCCUGGAUUCAUGGCAACACAAGUAGUGAAAAGAGAGAAACAAACAAGACGAUUUAGCCAAAAAACCCAAAAAAGGUUUAUGCAGGGUUUAAGGCGGCCGGUAUGCUAAGACCACUAUCAUACCCUCUCUAUGAACUCAUUUCCUUUCUCAAAUUGCAUUACCCGCGCAUUUUAAUUCAUCUCUCAAUCACUUCAAUUCCAUUUCUUUUUUUCUUUUCCUUUAAUUAGAGUGCCAACUCCCGUAUAUUUUCUACCAAAAAUUUUGAUCCUUUGAUUACUUUUGAUAAGAAACCCACAAUUCUAUCUCUAAACCAUCCACAGUUAUGUGGAGAAACGUCGCAAAACAAGCCACUUUGAAAUCCCAAUCAAAGUCCCUCAAUUUCCCUUCAUUUCCAAGAACUUACAGCUUUUUAGGAGCCUCUAAAGAACCCAUCUUUUUUGAGAAACUGAAGUUCCAUUCGCUUAAUAACACAAGUCCACGACUGAGUUUUCGAGCAAUUGGCGAAAUAUCAACCCAUGAAGAUUUUAUGGGAAAACCCAGUUUUAUUUUUUUGAGAAAUAGUGAUAGUACUAAUGGGAAUUGGUGUGCUGGAUUUUGUCCAAGAGGGUAUGUGAGUGUAGCUGAGGCAGUGUCAUCAACAGAUGUUGAAGAUAAUGUGUAUGGUGCGGAUGAAGUGCAAGAAUUGCUGCCAGAAAUGAGGAAAGAAGAGGAGAAAGAGGAGCACUUUAGGAGGAGGAGGCUACAUGCUAACCCUGGAGUAGGGUCAAGGAAGCAUAGGGUCUUAAGGAGAAGGCAAGUGAAGAUUGAGGCGGAAGCAUGGGAACUGGCAACGAAAGAAUAUAAGGAGCUUUUGAAGGAUAUGUGUGAGCAUAAGUUGGCUCCUAAUUUGCCAUAUAUGAAGAGUUUGUUCCUUGGUUGGUUUGAGCCUUUUAGAGACGCAAUUGCGAAAGAGCAGGAGUUGAUUAGAACGGGGAAGAGUAGGCAGGGUUAUGCUCCGUAUUUUGAUCUGUUGCCAGCUGACAAGAUGUCUGUUAUUGCAAUGCAUCAACUCGCAGCAAUGGUAAUGACAGGUGGGGAACAUGGAUGUGCAAGAGUUGUGACUGCUGCUUGUAUGAUUGGUGAUGCAAUUGAGCAGGAGUUUUUACUUUCCGUCCAAGUUCUUCUGCUGUUCAUGGUUCCAGGGAGGACACUAAAUGUAGUUUCUGUGAUGAAACAGAUUAGAAUACACAAUAUCUUGGAGAAAACAAGGAAGAAAAAGGAAAAGACUUAUGAUAGCAAGAAUGGUGUAGAAGGUGAAUCCCCUGCUGUCAUGAAGGAACAAGAAAACCUAAGAAAAAAGGUCACUGAUUUGAUUAAAAAACAAAAGCUGCCAGCUGUGAGGAAGAUUGUGAAGGGGAAGGAUGAUUCAAAACCAUGGAAUGCAGAUGCUAGGGCUAAGGUUGGAAGCCGUCUAAUUGAAUUGCUGUUACAAACAGCUUAUAUACAGCCUCCCUGUGAUCAGUUAGCUGAUAGUCCAUCUGAACCUCGACCUGCAUUUGUACAUACAUUCAGAACUGUGUCAUAUGAAAAUAAGAAGGGCGCGAAAAAAUAUGGUGUUAUUCAAUGUGACCCACUAGUCCUCAAAGGCCUAGAGAAAACUGCUAGGCACAUGGUGAUUCCUUAUAUGCCAAUGUUGGUGCCACCACUUAGAUGGAGAGGUUAUGAUAAAGGAGCUCACUUGUUCUUACCAUCCUAUGUCAUGCGGAUACAUGGUGCUAAACAGCAACGUGAAGCAGUUAAGAGGGCACCUAGGAAGCAGCUACGACCAGUUUUUGAGGCCCUGGAUACGCUAGGGAAUACCAGAUGGAGGGUAAAUAAGAGGGUACUUAGUGUUGUUGAUAGAAUAUGGAGUAAUGGAGGCUGUCUUGCUGAUUUAGUAGACCACAGUGAUGUUCCUUUACCUGAGAAGCCAGAAACAGAAGAUGAAGCACUACUUAAGAAGUGGAAGUGGAAACUCAGAGGAGUGAAAAAAGAGAACAAGGAAAGACAUGCACAGCGUUGUGACAUAGAACUUAAACUUGCUGUAGCACGGAAGAUGAAAGAUGAAGAGGGUUUCUAUUAUCCACACAAUAUUGACUUUCGUGGGCGUGCCUACCCCAUGCACCCAUACUUAAACCAUCUUGGAUCAGAUCUGUGCCGGGGGAUUUUGGAGUUCGCAGAGGGACGCCCUCUUGGAAAGUCAGGCUUACGCUGGCUGAAGAUACACAUUGCAAAUUUAUUUGCUGGUGGUGUAGACAAGCUAUCUUAUGAGGGACGGAUAGCUUUUACUGAGAAUCACCUUGAUGAUAUAUUUGAUUCCGCAGACAAACCACUUGACGGAAAGCGUUGGUGGUUGCAUGCAGAAGAUCCAUUUCAGUUCUUGGCUGUGUGCAUUAACCUAACUGAAGCUUUGAGAAGCUCCUCGCCAGAAACAUAUAUUUCACAUAUUCCUGUUCAUCAGGAUGGUUCCUGCAAUGGCCUACAACACUACGCUGCACUUGGAAGAGACAAGUUGGGAGCAGCUGCUGUUAAUCUAGUUGCAGGAGAGAAGCCUGCAGAUGUCUACUCGGGAAUAGCUGCUAGAGUACUUGAUAUCAUGCGGAGGGAUGCACAGAAAGAUCCAGAUGUUUUUCCUGAUGCAUUGCGUGCAAAAGAAUUAAUUAACCAGGUGGAUAGGAAAUUGGUGAAACAGACAGUGAUGACAUCUGUAUAUGGUGUAACUUACAUUGGUGCUAGAGACCAGAUCAAAAGGAGGUUAAAGGAACGUGGUAUCACAGAGGAGUCAGAUAUCUUUGGUUGUUCUUGCUAUGCUGCAAAGGUAACCUUAACUGCCUUAGGAGAGAUGUUUGAAGCUGCACGAAGUAUCAUGAACUGGCUUGGGGAUUGUGCAAAGAUUAUCGCAUCUGAAAAUGAGCCAGUGCGGUGGACAACUCCCCUAGGACUUCCUGUUGUACAACCUUAUCGUAAAUUAGGGACGCGAAGUAUCAAAACUUCCCUACAGGUUUUAAUACUACAAAAAGAAACUGACAAGGUUAUGGUCCAACGACAGAGAACAGCUUUCCCACCAAAUUUUGUUCAUUCCCUUGAUAGUUCUCAUAUGAUGAUGACUGCAGUUGCCUGCAAAGGGGCAGGCUUAAACUUUGCAGGAGUUCACGAUUCAUAUUGGACGCAUGCAUGUGAUGUGGAUGAAAUGAACAGGAUACUGAGGGAAAAGUUUGUUGAACUCUAUGAAACACCUAUAUUGGAGAAUUUGUUGGAGAGCUUUGAAAAGUCUUUUCCCACGUUGUCUUUUCCGCCUUUGCCUGACCGGGGAGACUUUGAGCUGAGGGAAGUGUUGGAAUCACCUUAUUUCUUUUGGUCUGUGAGUUUUGACUCAGCUCUGAAUGCUGUUGUAUAGCAAGCAUAUUUAUUUUGUUCUGGGAAUAGGCCUCGCUGGGUUCUUGCAUUGAACAAGAAUGAAUGAAGAGACUUGUGAUCA